CAGACUACAAAGAGGGUGGAAGAGGAACAACUGACAGGCUCAAGAGCAAGGAACAGUGGGCAGUCGGAGGAGAGGUGGCCAGAGGACUAAGAAGCCAACAGAAAUUCCAGAGAGGACGAAAAGAAGGAGGAGUCUUGGUGCCUGUUCUCUGCUGAGCCAAAAUGGGAGACUGGAGUUUCCUGGGAGAGUUCCUGGAGGAAGUACACAAGCACUCUACCGUGAUCGGCAAGGUCUGGCUUACCGUCCUCUUCAUCUUCCGCAUGCUGGUGCUGGGUGCAGCUGCCGAGUCUUCCUGGGGCGAUGAGCAGGCUGACUUCCAGUGUGACACGAUUCAGCCAGGCUGCGAGAACGUCUGUUAUGACCAAGCCUUCCCCAUCUCCCACAUUCGCUAUUGGGUGCUGCAGAUCAUCUUCGUCUCCACGCCAUCGCUGGUGUACAUGGGCCACGCUGUGCACCAUGUGCGGAUGGAAGAGAAGCGGAGAUUACGGGAAGCUAACAGGGCCAAAGAAGUCCAGGGCGCUCGCUCUUACGGAUACCCAGUGGGCGAGAAGACAGAGCUGUCCUGCUGGGAGGAAGUGAAUGGUAAGAUUGUCCUCCAGGGCACUCUGCUCAACACAUAUGUCUGCAGCAUCCUGAUCCGCACCACCAUGGAAGUUACUUUCAUUGUGGGCCAGUACCUCCUCUACGGGAUCUUCCUGGACACCCUGCAUGUCUGCCGCAGAAGUCCCUGCCCCCACCCUGUCAACUGUUAUGUAUCUCGGCCCACGGAGAAAAAUGUCUUCAUUGUUUUUAUGAUGGCUGUAGCCGGACUGUCCCUCUUCCUCAGUCUGGCUGAACUUUACCACCUGGGGUGGAAGAAGAUCAGACAGCAAUUUGCCAAGUCAAGGCAGGGCAUGGCUGAGUGCCAGCUUCCUGGCCCCUCUGCUGGUGUAGUCCAGAGCUGUACACCUCCCCCUGACUUCAGUCAAUGCCUGGACAAUGGUCCUGGGGAGAAAUUUUUCAAUCCUUUCAGUAACAAGAUGGCCUCCCAGCAAAACACAGAUAACCUAGCCACUGAGCAGGUACAAGGCCAGGAGCAGAUUUCUGGAGAAGGUUUCAUUCACAUCCACUAUGCCCAGAAGCCUGAGGCAACCCAUGGACUCUCCCCAGGUCACCACCUCCCCAAAGGCUACCAGAGAGACAAGCGCCGACUCAGCAAGGCCAGCAGCAAGGCCAGCAGCAAGGCCAGGUCAGAUGACCUAUCAGUGUGACCCUCCAGUGUGAGGGAACCAGGACCAGGUGGGAACAAAGAAAGCUCAGAAAGGGAAACUGUGUCCCUUCUGACCCCACCUCUUUCAUCCUCAUCACUGCUCUGCUCCUUUUGGGUCCUGGGUUUCAAAGGCAUUGCUCAUUUUUUACACAAUGUAUAACUAGGGUUCUGUGAGUCAGAAACAUAUGUACCCACUCAAGCUGCUGUCUCUUCCACAUCCUCUACCAGUGCUUAGUGAAGACUUUCAGAUUAUUCAUUGAGCAGGGUAGAGUAAGGGAGGGAACUAUGGCAAAAGCUGGCCUGGGAAGGAUAAGAUAAUUCUCUCUCUGCUAGCCACAUACCAGAUGGGUUCUCUGAGUCUAUGGUUUCCUUGAUCUGAUUACCUCCCUCCUGCAAGGAAGACUCCAAAGUUCCUAGCCAAUAAAGAGCAUGAAUCAAAGGAUUUGCAUUAGAUGUGCUCUUGAAUCUGUUGUCUCCAUG